UGGCUCCUCUCUCAAGCUCUCCAUCGCACCACCAUCUUGACCAGGCAGGAGGACCACGGACAGAGACCUUGCUGCAAACGGUGGUCCAUUAUUUGGGAUUUGGGGCCUCUGAUGUGAGGUGCUUGGACCUGGUUCCGUAGAGAGAAUGCCACUGAUUCGUCCAUCCUCACCCCCAGAAGGCAGCCACAGAUCUAGGUUUGGAGUUUCUUCCAACAAAAUCCGGUGCCCCGCUCAAGGCUCAAGGAGGUUGAGGCACCGGCGACGUCCUCAUAGGAGCUGCUCAACUGAGCCUGAACCCAACGAUGAUAACUAGCGUUUUGAGAAGGAGAAGGAUCGUCUGAACAAUGGAUGUAAUGAAGCUAUCGCUGCUCAAACCAUGGGAAAGGAGAAAAUAUCAACGCCAACAUGCAUGUUUGCCCACACUUGAUUGUACUUGCCUCAAGAGGAUUCUCUUGUUCCAAUCUCAAACAUUGGUGCAAUCUCAAACAUAGUGAUGCCUUGAAGCAAGAUGAUAUCUGGUCUACAUCUAUUUUCCAGAUUACUCAAGCUAUUGCUUUUAUCCUCCAACUUAGACUUAAAGUUAAUUCAGUUGGAAGAAGAAAAUGGCCAGGGACAAACAGUAUAAAGCCAAGCGGACAAGCACCUAACUGUUUCUGGAUGGCCACACCUGAUUGGUUCCUCUCCAUCAGCACCGCCCCUUUUAGAGUUUGUGUUGGGCAACCUUGGACUAAAGAUGGUUUGGUCGGAAUAAGGAAAACUGAGGUUUCGAGGUUCCGUGCUAAUAAGGAUGGGGGAUCAAUCAGAGGGAAAACUUGAAGACGCUUUAGGUUAUAUCGAGGAUGAUUCAUGUGGUCAAGUGUAUGGUGAGAUUGUGAUGAUGAAUUGAUGACUUCAUGUAUUGAUCUGCUCUCAUGUGUGAGUUCUUUCUUUUCACAUAGUGAUUGCUAUUAGAUUACAAGUUCACGUGGCAUUUGAGUUCA